AUGCAGUUUGAUAAAGACGACUCGAGGGACAUAAUCAUGCGUACCGCCCAGGAGGCGAUGGACGUCCAAAGGCAAAGAAACGAGCGGUCCUACAAUUUGAGAAGCCGAGAGGUAUCUUAUAAACCUGGACAGGAAGUGUACCGACGGAACCUCCAUCAACGCAAUUUUUGCAAAGGGUUUAGCUCAAAACUGGCGCCGGUCUUCAUAAAAUCAAGAGUUCGGAAGAAGCUAGGAGCGGCUUAUUACGAGAUCGAGGAUCUCCAAGGAAAGGUUGUAGGCAAAUACCAUGCUAAAGACCUACGGCAAUAA